AUGUCUGGUGGGGUGGUGGAGGUGCGAGCCGUUUUGUGGGGGUUUUGGGGGGUGGGGGGGGUAGGUCGCUCUGAAGCCACCGGUGCUGCCAUUGAUCUGCUUAGCCGUGACCUAUUUUGGAUCAGGGAAUAUCUAAGUGGUGAUUCUGAGCGCUUUCCAAAUUCCUCCUUUGGGGUCGUUUAGGUUAUUGUUCAGUCUUCCUGGGCGUGAAUCUGAGAUUUGGAUACUUUGGACAGCUGGAUUCAAUUUCUGUUAGUGCUGCAAACUACCUAUCUGGCAAUGUAUUCUUGAAGAAAAGCAGAAAAGAAAAAACAAGUGAAGGCAGCUUCAUCAGUAAGGAACAUGGAUUCUUCUGAAGUGGAGUUUGGGGCAUCAACAGCAGCCAGUGCUGCCGAGUCUUCUGUGGUGGUGGAAGAAUCAUUGUUUAGUAUGCUGGACGUCUUUCUAUUCUCCCUUCUUGCUGGGUUUGCAAUCUAUUGGUUUGUCUUCAGAAAAAAAAAAGUGGAAAUCCCAGACUACAGAACAAUCCAGCCACAGGUACCAACAAUACGAGAAACCAGUUUCAUUGAAAAAAUGAAAAAAACAGGAAAAAACAUAGUUGUGUUUUACGGCUCUCAAACAGGAACAGCGGAAGAGUUUGCCAAUAGGCUCUCAAAAGAUGCUCAGCGGUACGGAAUGCGAGGAAUGGCUACCGAUCCAGAGGAAUACGAUAUGUCUGAGUUAAACCGACUUACAGAAUUAGAAAACUCACUGGCAAUAUUCUGCAUGGCUACAUAUGGAGAAGGCGAUCCCACUGACAAUGCACAGGACUUCUAUGACUGGAUGCAAGAGACUAAUCUAGAUCUGUCUGGCGUGAAAUAUGCAGUCUUUGGGCUUGGAAAUAAAACCUAUGAACAUUUUAAUGCAAUGGGAAAGUAUGUAAACAAGAGACUGGAGCAACUGGGAGCAGAAAGGAUCUUCGAACUUGGUUUGGGAGAUGACGAUGGCAACCUGGAGGAGGAUUUCAUCAUGUGGCGGGAACAGUUCUGGCCAGCAGUGUGUGAACACUUUGGUGUGGAAGCCACCGGUGAUGAUUCCAGCAUCCGUCAAUAUGAGCUGGUGGUGCAUAACGACAUGAACAUGAAUAAAGUCUACACUGGAGAGAUGGGACGUCUAAAAGCUUAUGAAACUCAGAAACCGCCUUUUGAUGCAAAGAACCCAUUUUUGGCAUCUAUGAUAGUGAACCGGAAAUUGAAUAAGGGAGGAGAACGGCACCUCAUGCACCUGGAGCUGGGCAUCAGUGGUUCGAAGAUUAGGUAUGACAGUGGAGAUCAUGUGGCUGUGUUCCCCGUCAAUGAUUCAACAAUUGUCAUUGAGAUUGGCAAAAUACUAAACUCAGACUUAGAUGUAAUAUUUUCCUUAAAAAAUCUUGAUGAGGAGUCCAAUAAGAAACACCCAUUCCCCUGCCCAACCACAUACCGAACAGCUUUGUCACAUUAUCUAGAUAUCACCAAUCCUCCGCGCACUAAUGUUCUCUAUGAACUGGCACAGUACGCAUCGGACCCCAAAGAGCAAGAAUUUCUCCGGAAAAUGGCUUCAUCUUCCCCUGAAGGAAAGUUGCAAUACGUAAAGUGGGUGGUGGAAGACAGGAGAAACAUUCUGGCCAUCUUGCAAGACCUGCAGUCUCUCCGCCCACCCAUCGAUCAUCUGUGUGAGUUGUUGCCACGGUUACAGGCUCGCUAUUAUUCUAUUGCUUCUUCUUCAAAGAUUCACUCUGACUCAAUUCAUAUCUGUGCGGUUGUGGUGGAGUACACAUCCAAAGCAGGCCGCAUCAACAGAGGUGUAGCAACAACCUGGCUACGCAACAAAGUGCCAACUGAUAAUGAUCACAAAUCCACUGUCCCAAUAUACGUGCGGAAGUCUCAGUUCCGGCUGCCCUACAAACCCAGUACGCCCAUUCUCAUGAUUGGACCUGGCACCGGCAUCGCUCCCUUCGUUGGGUUUAUUCAGGAACGGGCCUGGCUGAAGCAGCAAGGGAAGGAGGUUGGAGAGACUGUGCUGUACUAUGGUUGCCGUCAUCAGAAUGAGGACUAUCUGUAUCAGGAAGAGCUGGAGCAAUUUCAGAAGGACGGUGUCCUUACUCAGCUUAAUGUAGCAUUCUCCAGAGACCAGGAGAAAAAGGUAUAUGUCCAGCAUUUGCUAAAGGAAAAUAAAGAGCACGUGUGGAAUCUGAUCCAGAAGGAAGGUGCACAUAUCUACAUCUGUGGUGAUGCAAAGAAUAUGGCAAGAGACGUCCAGAACACAUUUUACGAAAUUGUUGCUGAACUCGGAGAAAUGACACACACGCAGGCUGUUGAUUAUGUCAAGAAACUGAUGACAAAAGGCCGUUAUUCUUCUGACGUCUGGAGUUAAAAUGGGAACAGGAGCAGUAAGCAUCCAGAAUUGAAGGGUGAACGAAUUGUCAGUGGUUCCCAGCUGAUGACCUCCACCAGUCAAUGCAAGAGAUCUGUUAAAGUUAAGCAAUGAGGCAAUGAUUUUUAUAUAGAAAAAAAGUUCUAAAAUGUCCUAGACACUGUUUAUGGGAAAUAACUUUGUGCUUUACUAAAUACUGUACUCCAUCAGAAUUGAUAUUUUAUUAGAGACUUUCCAUUGCUGUCCUUUAAAAGUUACUCAGAAUUCCAAAUCCCCAAUCCAGAAGAAUCCUUUAUAAUAAUAUUUGUUUAAAAGGUUAGCUGCAGCACACCAUAGUAAAACUUCCAAGUGUACUGAAAGGGACCUUUCUCAUUAUUUGUCUCAUAAUUUUUUUAAUAAAACAUAAACAGUAUUGCAGGAAGAAGACAUUGGGUUGUAACUUUGAAAACAACACCAGAUUUUAUGGAGUGAAUUCAUGAUAUGAUCAAUUUUUUAUAUAUGUGACUUAUAAUUACCUUCUUUAUAUCUUCUGAUUCAUAAUGUUUAAUCAUUUGAGGAAAGAGCGGUGGCAAAUUUGUGAGUGAAGGUAUCAAAAUGCAUUGAACCCUGAAUUUUCUCUGUCCUUUGAAUUCAGGAUGCAUGCUGAUUUUCAUAGGCAGUCUGCAAAACUUUUAUUUAACUUUUUCUAAAAAAGCAAAAUUCCUAUAACUGUAAGAUGUUAAGUUACGCUGUACUUAGACCCAGAGACUUUAAUCCAGCUCCUGGCUUUGAGACAGGCUUUGUGAAAAUGUUGACUCAAAUGAACUGUUCCCUAUUGAGCCUUCUCCGUGGUUUGAUUAAGGCUUUGGAAAGUUGUUUUAAGGAUUUAAAACUGGCCUGAGUCUUUAUAAUACAGGAGUUUGUAAAUCAAACAGUGACAAAGUCUGCAACAAAGGCAAUAUAUGAUCCAAAAUUUAAACUUAGAGCCCUGUAUCAGGGAAUGUAAAUCCAGUCACCUGUUGGGACCAGAUUUGCAGAAGCACAGAUUGGCUAUUAUGAAUCUAUAAAUGUUAGCCCAUACUGCCAGGUUAAAAUGUGGCAGGGUGAAUAAAGGACCCAUUUGUGAUGCUGCAGCAUUUUAGUAAUGCAGGUUUCUGCUCAGCAGUCUGGUACUGAAACAGACCUCUGGCUUUGCUUUCAGAGAAUAUGUUAGUUCCAAGUCUACCUCCUUGGAUUAAAAGAAAAUAAAUUGAAAACAAAAAAUGUUGUAAAUAUACAGCGACCUCUGAAAUUUGAUGUUUUGGGUGUGGACAUAGUUUUAAUGAAGUUCUACACCUGGCCUGCCCUUUUCUCUCCACAUGCUGACAGACCUGUGUUUUCAGAAUUUUCUGGGCUUUAUUUAAAAUUUCCUUUUAUUGCAACUUGUGCAAUGCACAUAAUUCAUUACAACUGACUGCAUCUACAGAAGCAAUAACCUAAAAGUUUACAGAUAGCUUUCAUUAUACUGGAGCCUUUCCAGAGACUUUGCUUUUCAGUUCUUAAAAACAGAGAGGCCAGGAAAAUGGCCCAUUUUUAAAUCACUAUUUCUCUCAUGUUUGCAGCUGAGGGACAAGGUAAGUGACCUGCCAUUGGGUCUCUGCUAGUGCUUUUUGUGAGCCAGCCAUUGGGAUAUCUGAGAGUGUGUUUUUAUCCUUUUGCUCUCGCACUGGAUAGUGCCUAUUCAUUGCUAACCCUUCCUCUAAUUCUGAACUUGCAGCACUCAUGCACGGCACCACAACAUCUUGCUCUGUUUGCUGAAGCUCUCCAAAGAGGUGAAUUGUUGGCUUUUAAGAGAAUUGUGAACUCUUCCAUCUUUUAGCUUGAUGUAUAAUGCCUAUUAAAGUUUCAUUAAAUCCAAA